UAAAGUUAAGGAAUUAAAUUUCUUCGUUGGUGAUUAUAUUAUACAAAAAAGUUAUAGUGAUGUCAAUAUCCAUAAACAGCAAUUAUUGAUCACAUUCAUGCUUUAAUUGGAAUAUACUUUUUUGUAUUCCAUAAAUAUUGUGUUGUAUCCAGAAGAAAUUUGGAAUACUUGGAGUUUAUCGAAACAUAUCUGCAAUGACUGAUACAGAAAAACUCUUUGCUUGUUCCACAUCAGGCUGCAAUAUGAGUUUUACAAAUGAGGAUCAAUUAAUAGUGCAUAAAAAGAAACAUGACAUGAUGCUUAAUCUUGGCAGUAAUUCUAAAAGUAGUGGGUUUGUAGAUCAAACUCCAACGCCGACGAGGUUCUUCAAAAAUUGUGAGGAAGUUGGGUUAUUUCAAGAUCUUCAAGUUAAUCCUUUUGAGGAGACAUUUCGAAGAGCUGUUGAAACUGGAAAUACAGGAACGCUUACAGUACCAGAGGCUGGAAUUACAGAUGACACACUGCACACUCCGCAUAUUUUUCCUUAUAUAUCAGAUGUAUUGCCUGCGAGUACUCAAAUCCUUUCUGAAGACCAUGUUGAAGAUUGCCCUUCAACUGUAUCUCUUAUCGAAAAAAGUACAGAGGAGGACAAUACUGUAAAGUCAGACGAAUGUAACAGUAUUAAAAUAAGUACAAACGAGACGCAGGAAUUGACCAAGGAUUCGAAUGAUAACUCUGCAAAAAAUAAUAUUCUCUCACCAAACAUCGUUGUCUCAGAUACAAAUAUACCCAUAGGGCCUAAACUUUCGCCGAUAGAACUUUCAUCGCCUUUGUCCAUCAAUGGUGAGGAGGUGCAACUGCUACUGAAAACGGCGGAUGGUAAAUUGAUGCAACUAUCUGCAACAGCGGUAUCCGAAUCUUCCAAUAUGACCAAUAUUAGUACCAGACAGCAAACCGUCGUCAUCAAAACCGAACCAGCUUUGCGAUGCGUAAUGAAAUCGGAAUCCAAAAAAACUGUAAUGUCCAGAUUAUCUUUGGCAAAAAUGAAACUGAAACAAACCUUAUCUAAGAACACACAGAAUCAAAAAGCGACAGAAGAAAGCGCGAAAAUGGACGCAGUUCCUACAUCGAAGAAAGAAAAUGUUAAGAAAACUGAUCAACUAAAGAAGAAAGAUAUUCUCGAGCGCAAUCGUGCCAGUUCUAUGCGUGCGCGGGCUAAAAGAAAGGCGUGGAUUCAAGACCUUCAGAGAACAGUCACUAACGUAAACGAGGCGAAUGCAGCCUUGCAAAUGGAAGUGAAGGCUUUACGCUCGGAAGUGGCGAAACUGAAGACUCUUUUACUGGCACACAAAGAUUGUCCGAUCACGAAAGCGAUGCAGAAAGGAAACGGGAUAGUUCUUGGACCUAAAAUAAUAUCAAUUAAUAAUCCGGAUGUGUUGACGAUGCCGAUAUCAACCAAUAAUGUUCCUGUAAAGCGAUCAGCCUCCUACACAGACAGUCCAAACACGCCGGUAAAAAAAUCAACAGUAUCAAAAAAUCCAGUGAUCUUCCCGAAAGUGGAUUGCGGUACUACAAAUCUCACACUUCCGAACGCGACGAUCAUAAAAAGUUUACCGGCAUUGAAAAUCGUGGGGGUUAAUCAAUUUUUACCGGAAAAGCCCGAAGAAACGAAGCAAAUACUCAUCGUGCAAAAUCAACCACGAAAAUUAUGCGAGGCUAGGCAGGUCAUUCAAAUUAAUCCGAAUUACGAGGUGGAACACGCGGCGUCUAAAAGUACAGGAACGUAAUUAAUCGCUCUUGAAAACGUUUGUAAUUGAAACUCUUAGCAAAGACUAGAGAAUAUCAUUUAAUCGAAUGAAUCGAUUCUAUGAACCAUCAACUCUCGCGAAUGGUAAAAUGACAUGUGUAAAAAAUUAAUUUAAUUUUACACAUUAAUAUUUAUUUUUAACCUUUGUCAUUUUUUUUACCUUCAAACAAGUCAAUUGUCUUAUCAAAUUUUUACCAUCAAAUAAUUUAACAAAUAUUUUUUUAAAUGUAAAACAUAGACUGAUGUCACAGAUUUAUCCUUAAUAUGUAAACAGAGGAAUAAGGAGUGAUAUAGGAGUUACCAGA